AUGUCAGACAAAAUGCAACCCACAGAUCCCUCCGAUUGUUGGUUGCCGGAGAAGUCCUUCAAACACCGAAACUCUGUCCUGACAGACCUCUUCAAGAUCUCCCAUAUUCGGUCCGUCUACCACAUCUUUGUGGCCAUUCUCAUCAUCUUCUCCCUCAAUACCAUGCUCUCCGAUCUGGUGGAGAAGGGUGGUAUUGUGCACACCUACCACCUGGAUCUCUUCAUUUGGGUGUUUCGCGGCCUCUACGAUGCCUUUGUGUGUUGGCUUGCCAUGUUCAUCGGUACUAGCCUCGUGGUGUAUGUAACCUUUCUCGUCUGGUCAACCUGUCGAUCGCCGACUCCCACGAUGAACAGACUAGACUGGGUCUUUCUGGCCCUCUACAUCCUAUACCAGGACUGUCCACCUUUAGACCUCCCGGAGUUUACUACCUACUUGCCCAUGUCUCUAGCCUGCGGUUGCCCCAUCUUUAGAAGGCAGGUCAAGUAA